AUGAAGGAUCCGCAGAAACGAAAGGCUUUCCGUCUCGGUACCAUCGUCGACCUCUCCGAUGUGAAGAUAGGCGUGUUCUGGAACAUGGUGGAAUGCCCGAUCCCUGAGGGUAUGGAUAUUGAUUCUGUUGUGGCCAACAUUACCAAGUCCCUUAAGUCAGAAGGAGAUCCUGAUGAGAACCUCAUGAAGCUUUUAUCAGAAUGUCUUUGCUGGGCAGUUAGGAAUCGUGCACCAGAAAAUAUAUUGCUAAUCGUGGGUGACAUAGAGGGGCAUGACGAGAUCACCAGAGCGUUUGACCUAGUGACAAGGAAACGAUACAAUUGCAUGUUAGCACAGGCAGUGGACUCUGAGGCGUUCCAUCAUUUUGCUGUAGACAAAGCAUGGACUUGGGACACCCUUUCAUCUGGAGAACCCGCUCUCUAUCACUCCCGACAUGAUACUGCCACUAGUAGCUCACCCUCACAGAGUGACAAGUCUAUGCAAGCACAAUUUAUGGAACUAAAAGUCGAGGAGAUCCCAAGUGACGAGGCUGCUGAUGCCAAAACAAUCGUAUACUGGGACACGGUGGAUUGCCCGAUCCCUGAAGGUCUGGAUGCCCAAACUGUUGUAAGGAACAUUUAUCAGGGGCUUUAUCGAUCUGAUUACCGUGCUGAGCCUCAUUUCAUGGCUUAUGGUGAUGUACCUCAGAUGGCCUCUGAGACUGGGGGCUUUGCCAAUAUCGGAAUCCCCAUGGUUCACGUUCCUGCAGGAACAAAAGGCGGAUGUCGUGAUGCCAUUUUGGUUGACUUUAUUGCGGAGACAAUUGGCCUAGAUUAUCCAUUAAAUUCGAUGCUAAUCUUGGGGGACAUCUCAAGAGACCUAGUGUUCCAACGUGCUUUUAAUUAUAUGGGUAUGACACCAAGUCUCAAUUUUCUUUUAGCACAGCCUACCCUGAAAUCAAAGAAGCUAGUUAAUCUCGACACGGUGUGGCUUUGGUCAAGCCUAUCUCAGAAAGGAGCGGCUUUCAAUGAAGAUGAAGAAUAA